GCAGAGAAGGCGUGCACGCAAAGGAAGUUCUGUCUCACUUUGUGAUUACAAGACAGCUUCCUCCCUGCUGGUAGUUAGAUAGCAGAACGGACGCCUGAGUCAGAGCAGUGGGUGCCGAUCAAGGGGACAGUGCCACUAUUUGUCACUCCCCUGCCUCUUUGGAGUAGGUGGACAAUUGGAAGUUUCCAAAGGGUGCUGCAGAACCCUGAGCCCCUCUGGAGGCAAGGACCGACAUGCCCCUGGUCGCCCUUUAAGUGCCAUCAGUGGACAGGUGACAAGAAGGAAACUCUCCCAGCCAUGCUGACCACUGUGCUGAAACGCAAUCGCCUCCGGAUGGCGAGAGCCAAGUGCUGCGAAUGUGGGGCUUUGCUUUCCCAUCAGUACUACGAGAAGGAUGGUCGUCUCUACUGCAAAAAGGAUUACUGGGCCCACUUUGGGGAACUGUGCCAUGGCUGCUCGGAGCAGAUCACCAAAGGGCUUGUCAUGGUGGCUGGAGAACAAAAAUAUCACCCUGAAUGCUUCAGCUGCCUGAACUGCCAGGUGUUCAUUGGCGAUGGAGACACUUACGCACUGGUGGAACGAUCCAAGCUUUACUGUGGGCACUGUUAUUACCAGAUGGUGGUGACACCCGUGAUGGAUCAGCUGCUUCCAGAAUCUCCCGGCACCCGGAUUCCACACACUGUCACCCUGGUGUCUAUUCCAGCAUGUUCCGAAAACAAGCGGGGUUUUUCCGUCUCCAUUGACAAGCAUGGAGGUUCUGAGCACCCACAUACUGUGCGCGUUCGUGAAUUAGACCCAGACUGCAUAAGCCCCGAUAUGAAGAAUUCCAUCCAUGUCGGUGACCGCAUUCUGGAAAUCAAUGGCACACCAAUCCGUCAUGUUCCGCUGGAUGAGAUCGAUCUUCUGAUCCAAGAGACCAGUCGCCUGCUGCAGCUGACCAUUGAACACGACCCUCAUGAGAUCAUUGAAAGCAGCCCUCUUUCGGAGCUGCGCAGUCCUCUCCAUUCGCCCAGCCACACGCCUUGCCCGGACCCUUCAGCCAUUCGCCAGCGCACAGUCAUGAGGAGCUGUAGCAUUGAUAAGUCACCUUGUUCCAGCUCUCUGGGCUCCCCCUCCUCCCAGAGGAAAGAUAUUGGCCGCUCAGAAUCAUUGCGUGUUGUCUCCCGUCUUCAUCGCAUCUUCCGCCCCUCGGAUCUCAUUCAUGGCGAGGUGUUGGGCAAGGGCUGCUUCGGGCAGGCCAUUAAGGUGACCCACCGGGAGACUGGAGAAGUGAUGGCCAUGAAGGAACUUAUCCGUUUCGAUGAGGAGACCCAAAGAACGUUUCUUAAAGAGGUGAAGGUAAUGCGCUGCCUGGAACAUCCCAAUGUGCUGAGGUUCAUUGGCGUCCUCUACAAAGACAAGAGGCUGAACUUCAUCACAGAGUACAUCAAGGGAGGCACCCUUCGUGGGAUCAUUAAGAGCAUGGAUAGUCAGUAUCCUUGGAGCCAGCGGGUCAGUUUUGCAAAAGACAUCGCUUCAGGGAUGGCUUAUCUCCAUUCUAUGAAUAUCAUUCACAGGGACCUCAAUACACAUAACUGCCUUGUGCGAGAAAACAAAAGUGUGGUAGUGGCCGAUUUUGGCCUUGCUCGGUUGAUGGUGGAUGAGAAGAACCAGCUAGCAACCCUGAAGAAACCUGACCGAAGGAAACGGUACACCGUGGUGGGCAACCCUUACUGGAUGGCUCCUGAGAUGAUCAAUGGGAGAAGUUACGAUGAGAAAGUGGAUGUCUUCUCUUUUGGCAUCAUCCUAUGUGAGAUCAUUGGAAGAGUCAGCGCAGACCCCGAUUACUUGCCUCGAACCUUGGAUUUUGGCCUCAAUGUGCGAGGCUUCCUGGACCGCUACUGUCCUCCCAGUUGUCCUCCCAGCUUCUUUCCUAUUGCUGUUUGUUGCUGUGAUUUGGAUCAUGAGAAACGGCCUUCCUUCAGUCGGUUGGAGCAGUGGCUGGAAGCUCUCCGCAUGCACCUGGCUAUGCAACUUCCCCUGAGUCCACAGCUGGAGCAAUUGGACCGGGUCUUCUGGGAGACACACCGGCGAGCUGAGAGUGGACUGUGUGCACAUGCAGAAGUGUCUGAAUGAGUACAGAAGGGGCAGGCAAGCAGCCCCCAGCCUGCAUGUCUCUGUAUGAGCUGGGCUGAAGAAAAGCUUCUCUUGCCGAGUCCUGCCACCAGCUGCACGCAGCUCACCAGCUAGAGCUGGUUUUUGGAAAAACCACUGGGAGCUGGUUCUCCCUGCUUCCUUCCUUGGGGGAUGAGUUCUGUGCCUGGCUUGCACAGAGAUGGUCUGGGGCAGCCCGGGUUCUUGUAAAUACUCCUUGUGAAUACAUCCUUCUCCUUGCGCAUCCCGCAAAGUGGAGGAGAAGCGAGGGAUCCUUGACUCUCUCUCCUUGUACGCUUUGUGGUUGCAAAAAGCUUUGCACGCCCCGCUGAGCACAUAAGCUUCUGUCAUCAGCUGGCAGCUGCUCACAAGCUGGCAUUAAGGUGGGGGCUGCUACCCUGUCCCCCAAAUACACCUCUACAGAUCCUCUUUAAAACCUUUGUCCUAUAAAGUGGUGCCUUGGGUUUA